GACUGUGUUCCCAGCAAUAGCCAGGACAGAAGAUUAAGAAAAAAUACUGCAGACGGAGUAGCAACAGUAAAGCAGAGCGCUCCAUUACACCUAUCCGAAAACGUGCCCACUAAGCUUCAAAGUACAGACAGAAGGCAAAGCAGCAUAAUGUUUGCCAUGAAAGAUGAACAGAAAGGUGAAGAAAUGAAUUCCAUCAGGCUCCAUAAACGUGGGAGGAGAUUUAUAAUUAAAAAGAGCCCAAUUCUGAUUUCCAUGAACAGCUCCAUUCUCAACCUGCCCACGCUGAAAUCUGAGGAUAGAAACAACAACAAGUGGAAAAGUCUCUAUCAGAUCCAAAAAGAAAGAAAGCGGAUUAUGAGGGAAACUUGUUCUAAAUACAAGAGUAAUAACAGAAGAAUAAUCACUCCUUAUCAUGUUUCUAGAAUAUUUGUGGAAGAUAAAUACAGAGUUUUAUACUGUGAAGUACCGAAAGCUGGCUGCUCUAACUGGAAACGGGUGCUCAUGGUUCUUAAUGGGCUGGCUUCUUCCACAAAAGACAUCCAGCACAACACGGUGCACUACGGAAACUAUUUAAAGAGGCUGGAUGGGUUUGAUCACAAGGGAAUUUAUCAUCGGCUCAACACUUACACAAAGAUGCUUUUUAUUCGUGAACCUUUUGAAAAGCUGGUGUCCGCGUUUCGGGACAAAUUUGAACAUCCGAACAAUUACUACCACCCGGUUUUUGGAAAAGCCAUCAUUUCCAGAUACCGUGUGAACGCCACCAAAGAAGCAUUAAGGACAGGCUCUGGAGUCAAAUUUAAAGAGUUCAUUCAAUACCUCCUGGACGUACACAGGCCAGUGGGUAUGGAUAUCCACUGGGAUCACGUCAACAGGCUUUGCAGCCCAUGUUUAAUAGACUAUGACUUCGUCGGGAAAUUUGAAAGUAUGGAAGAAGACGCAAACUUCUUCUUGCACUUAAUUGGUGCUCCACAAAAUUUAACUUUCCCCAAGUUUAAAGACAGGCACUCCAAUGAAGAAAGAACUACCACUAAAAUUACACAACAGUAUUUUGCACAGCUUUCUGCUUCUCAACGACAACGAAGCUAUGACUUUUACUAUAUGGAUUAUUUGAUGUUUAACUACUCAAAACCUUUUGAAGACUUAUAUUGA